UUGUCAUCUGUGUCUGUGUAGGGGGCGCUUUCCCAAAAAUGCAACGGAGGACGGACUUUGAAAAUUGAAAUGCGUCAACUCCAUCCUGUCAACUCUUUCUUAUCGUUUUUCUUUUCACUUGUUGGAUGAAAAGAUAAGGAUUUCAUUCGAAAUUUUGUAAAGGAAAUAGCUUCGGAAAGUAAUUAAAUUAUUCAUGUAAAUUCUUCAACAAAAUACUUCGUUUUUUGUUUUCGUUUGAUAUCAUUUUUUGUUUCAUGUAAAUGGAAAAGGUAACUAUAAACGUCAUAUGACUGAAAAUAAGACGAUCCAAUGAUGAAUGAUAUGGGAGAUGAUGACGACAACUGCUCAAAUGUUAGUUCCACUAUCGGAGGGAAUAACGGCUCAGUUGUUUCAACAGUGCCAGACCGCUAUGGAUUUCUUGGAGGAAGCCAGUACACACCUGACACAAAACAAAUUGUUCCGCCGAAAGUUUUACUCAGACGAGAACGUAAAUGGCUAAAGAUGAUUGAUGACUGGGAUGACUAUAUGGCCAAACAUUACAGCAAAGUCAGAGCGAGAUGUCGUAAAGGAAUACCUCCUUCAAUUCGGCCUCGAGCGUGGCUUUACAUUUGCGGCGGCAAGAAAGAAAAGGACAAAAACAACGAUUUAUAUAAAUCAUUAUGCGAGCAAGAAGGCAAUUUUCGAUGGAACGAAGAUAUUCGUAAAGAUCUACAUCGCCAAUUUCCAUAUCACGAAAUGUUCAUGAACAGCGAAGGACAUGGUCAAAAAGAUCUGUACAAUGUUUUAAAAGCGUAUUCCAUUUAUGACCCUAAAAUUGGAUAUUGUCAAGCCCAAGCUCCUAUCGCGGCAUUUCUGUUGAUGUUCAUGCCUGCGGAAGAUGCUUUUUGGUGCUUGGUCAAGAUUUGUGGGAAAUAUUUACCUGGCUACUAUAGUCAGGGAAUGGAAACGCUGCAAAUAGAUGGUGAUAUGUUAUUCGCAUUUGUCAAAAGAGUUUAUCCGAGUAUUUAUAAACAUUUGAAAAAACAAAAAAUUGAACCUAUUUUGUACAUGACUGAGUGGUUUCUCUGCGUUUAUACUCGCACAUUACCAUGGCCUACGUUAUUAAGAGUUUGGGAUAUGUUCCUUUGUGAAGGCGUUAAAGUUAUUUUCAAAGUAGCUUUGGUUUUAAUUAGAAUUUGUUUACGAAGUAAAAAAUCCGUUUCUUUGAAGAAGCAAUAUCCCACCAUGUAUGAAACUUUGGAAGCGUUACGAAAUCCGCCGUUACAUUUAUUAGAAGAAGACUUCAUUGUUGAGCAAAUUUUUAAAAUGAAUCUAACCGAAGAUGAUUUUGCACAAGAACACGAACGUCAGGUUCAGAAACGUCGUGCAGCAAACCAAAGUAAUGCAAAUAAUUCAAGACAGUGAUUCGUUGUGCUACGCACCCUCAAAUGAGUUGCAGGUUAAAAUUUCGUUUAAAAAAAUGUAUGUAUUUAAUUAUAGGUGAAAUGAAAAUGUGAAUCAUGCGUCAUGAAUAAUGAUUUCACAUUAUCAAGAUUGCUGUAUGAUUUUUGUUCUAGUCCUUUUUCUUUCUUUUUUUUGCUUUAUUUUCUUAUGCUAACGCAAAAGUAUUGUUUUGAUUACCAGUAUCUUUAAAUUAUUGAAAUUACUCAAAUAUUUUUCAUUUCUGUGGACGUGCUAUUGAUGAACUGAAGUUGUAUUCGCUCAAUACUUUCUGAUUUGUAUUUGCAAUGUAUGUAUGUGUUCGCUUAUCUAUAGUCGUCAAUUUGCUUGUGUUCUUAGCUCGUACUUUGUAUGGAAGCUGUAAAAAAAAGUUUAAUCAUUGAUUUUCGUACGAUAAAUUUUCAAAUGUUACAUUUCAAAAGCUUGAAAUCAAGUGAUUCCAAUAAAAUAAAAGAAUUGUGUAGUAUAUUAAUUUAAAUGUACAUUUCAACGCUCGCGCAUUCCUUUUAUAUACAUAUCUUAAGCUGCAUUUUAUACUACUUCAUUAAAUUUUAUACCUACUAUUUUGUAACUCGCUUAAUGUAAAAAUAAGUCAAUUCGAAGUUAUACUCACUUCAACCUUCUUUUUUUGGGGAGACAUAUCUUUGUAAAUCUUGUGGUAAUUUUUUAAUUCCCGUUGUACUGUAAACUAAUUUGGAAAAUCUUUUUUUUUUUUCGUGUUUACUGUAAGUUUUUUUUACUUUGAUAUCUGUUAUUUGACCCUUACUUAUUUUUUUAUGAAAUCAGUUCUGUGAGAAAUUUUUAAGGCAUUUUCGAUGCGAAACAAUAAAACUGAUAUUCCUUAGGGACCAUAAUUAUGAUAAUAAAUAUUUUUCCAGUCAGUGGUACGGAUUAUACAACGACUUUUUGAUAAUUUGAAUUAUGAUUAAUAAUGAAUUAUAAAUUGUACACUUUAAUGAUGGUGAUGUACUUUGUGUAACUUUGUUCGUUCAUUUGAGUUUUGGUAAUAAAUAUUUGAUGAAAAA